AUGAGACUCUCCAUACUUCUUCUAUUGGCGUCUCUUGUAUCGGCAGGUCCGCUUCCCCAAAAGACUGGGGUAAUACAUCGUCAUCAUAUCCACCAAAGGGACGACAUGCCAGCGGUCGAUACGGCAAAGGAAGAUACAAAGACAACAGAAACGGGGAAAACCACGGAGACGGGAAAGGCAACUGAAACGAAAGAAACAGACAAGACAGACAAGACAGACAAGACAGACAAGACAACGGAGACGAAGAAGUCUGACACGAAAACUUCUGAGUCAAAGACAACGGAGUCCAAUAGCAAAGACUCGUCAUCUGGCCUGAUGCCCUCAAUGACACUGAUGCCCCUGAUGUCCCUGGCUCUGUCCCUGUCGCUGUCACUGACUACCCUGUACAGUUAUUCUAUAACCGUUCCACCUUCCGUCAAGACAGACGGUUAUAGCGCCAACCCGUUUGUACACAAGUCGCUGAAACCUGCCAAUCUAGUGUUUAUUAUAGUUGGCGGAGUAUUGGGGCUCAUACUUUUGCUACUAGUUGUCUUUUGGCUUGCUUUCUGGCUCGUAAGCAGAAGAAGAGCCAGGAAAGAUCGUGAAGUCUACCUCUCGAACAGCUAUCCAAGGGGACUCUUCCUGCUGAGUCUGUCAAGCCUUCUUCUAGGCGACGGGGCGCUGUCAGUUGGCGAAAAAUCUAGUUCCGGCUGGGGGUCCAAUUCUUCUGUGCUCAUGUUGCACCGCCAGGCACUGUCGGUCACUUUGGACAGGCAAGUGCCCUCGCAAGGAAGAAGCUACAGAGAGAUGCUGGGGGUAGAAAGCAACAGAAGAAAUUCCAUGUACAUUUCCCCCGUGCUAGAGAUGAUGCACGGGAAAAGUCGACUGCAAAUGGAUUUGAUGCGUCCAGAGCUGCUCUACGGGCUCGAUCUGCCGUACUAUGACUCGCCAGUAGAGUCUCCGAUCGGGAACAUCUCACAGGAUGCCAUCAACACUCAACCGAUAGAGAGCAAAGAAAAGAAGACGCUGAGACCACCAUCCCAGUUGCUAGACGAUCUCCUUGGGGAUUCUCUAGACCUUACUGUGGAUCCAGAUACGAGGACGGAGAAGAACUAG